AUGUACACAGGUGAUAUGGCACUGCAAUUCGUUGGAUUGAUAAUCGCGCUUACGAUGAUCGAUGGCACGUUUGGUGAAGUCCAAAGUAUAAGAGUUUUUGGACGUCUCUAUUGCGGCAGAAAACCUAAACCAUGGCCAAAUAUGACGAUCACCCUUUGGGAUCGUGAUUAUUUUAGCCCACACGAUUUACUUGAUACGACCACAAGUGGAAAAGAUGGCUUUUUCAUGGUGUACGGUGAAGAAGAUGAAUUCUUAGCAAUUGAACCCUUCAUUGAAAUCACACACAACUGUGAUCUGGGCUAUCCGAAUAACACGCACCCGAGAUGUUGGCACACUGAUCACUACGAUAUUCCACCCGAGUAUGUAGAUGGCGCACUCGACAUUAAGAGUGUCCAUUUACAUAUGGAGGGAAUUCCCAGAAAGACCAAAUGUAAUUAG